AUGUCGAGGGUACUUAUUGUACUUAGUUGUCUGCAAAGGGUUUUCUCAAUCGAGCAUGAUUCGGUGUGUAUAGACGGUGAUGAUGGCAAUUGUCCGGAGCCAAGCCAUACAAUUAUGCGACUUACGGAAAGAAAUGAUAAAAAAGCUCGUCUAAUUGCUAAGCAACAUGGUUUGGAAAUAAAAGGUAAACCUUUUCUUGAUGGUACUUAUUAUUUUGUUAGUCACUUAUCGAAAGCACGCUCAAAGCGGCGGAAACGUGAAGUAAUCGCAAGGUUGCAAGAGCAUCCCGAUGUAUUAUUAAUCGAAGAACAAAGGCCUCGAGUGAGGCGGAAACGUGAUUAUACAUAUCCCGAUACAACGUAUGAAACACUUGAUGAUAAUGGUGGUAACAAUGGUGCACAGGGCGGCUUCGAUAUGAAUGUACGUGGUGCUUGGUUGUUGGGUUAUGCCGGGCGUAAUGUAUCCGUAUCAAUACUGGAUGAUGGAAUUCAACGCGAUCAUCCGGAUUUGAUAACAAAUUAUGAUCCGAUGGCCAGCACCGAUAUCAACGAUCAUGAUGAUGAUCCAACACCUCAGGAUAACGGUGAUAAUAAUGUUGAAGCAGCAAGUCUUUCACUGAAUCGUCAUCACAUCGAUAUUUACUCGGCAAGUUGGGGCCCGGAGGAUGACGGUAAAACGUUUGAUGGUCCUGGACCAUUAGCCCGUGAAGCAUUUUAUCACGGCACAAAACUUGGCCGCGGUGGCAAAGGCAGUAUUUUUGUUUGGGCCAGUGGUAAUGGUGGUUCA